UCAGUCACUUAUAUGGAAAAAGAUAUUGUGAAUCAUUCUUACAUUACUUUGGAUUGCUUUGUAUGUAUUUUGUACUUUGUCUAACGUUUUACGUAUACAAAUGUUCUUUCAGGUGAUUACGUGAAUUCACAUUUUGUGAGGAAUUAAUAUUUAAGAUAAUGUUCAAGGAAAAAUAACAUUUAAAAAUAGGUCAACAUGAAAAUGUAUGAGGACCUUAUUAUAACAACGCCCGAUGAACAUAUUUACAGUGAGCAUACAUAUGACACGGUUGACGUAAGAAAUAGUUUAAAAAUUCCGGUCAAGUGGAAAACAAAACGUCGUGUGAUCGUCCUCCUUGUUUUUAUCUUUGCUUUUACGACAGUAUUCACAGCACUACUCAUAAUCAAAGAAAAAAUGUCAAACACUAAUGACACAACUUACAACCAACAAACGACUUCGCCAUUCCCUCGGGGAAUAACGAGGACUCAAAUAAAUGAUACAGACAAAUCAGGUGUAAACUGUACAACUGGCUGGAUAACAACUUCUGGUUUGAGAUCCUGCUAUCUUUUCAGUAACGAUGACGAUGCAACAGAUUGGAAAGGAGCGCAGUCAGAAUGCCAUAAACUCGGCGGAUCAUUAACAGAUGUUGAAACGAUCAUUGAAUUGAAUUUUCUAAAUGAUCAACUAUUGAUUCGGUCUGGAUAUGAAUAUUGGAUAGGCGGAACAGACAACGGAACAGAAGAUAGAUUUAGAUGGGAACCGAGCGAGCAACCAUUCAAUGUAACAAACUGGGGUCCUGGCGAGCCGAACAAUCUCGGUAAUAUCGAGCAUUGUGUCGAUUACAGGGAAUUAAAGUGGAACGACGCUUCAUGCGAUAUCAAAAUUAAAUACAUAUGUGAAAUUAAGGUUUAAAUGGAUAUGAGAGGAGGAAAGAUACAGAUGUUGAAUACUGAUAAAUAUAUUUAUAUGAAAAUGACGGUUCAUUUAAAUAUUUACAUUGAUUGUAAAGUAUAAAUAAAAUGAAAUGUAUGGUA